AUGGGAUGCUACGAAGUCAGUCUCGGGGAUACUCUGGGGGUGGGAACAGCACCAGAUGUACGGCGGCUGGUCGAAUUCCUCAAUCGCCAAGGGAUUGACCCGUCAAGACUAGCUGGGCAUUUUCACGAUACAUAUGGGCAGGCUUUGGCAAACGUGUGGAAAGCCUACGAAUGUGGCGUGCGCACGUUUGACAGCAGUAUCGGCGGCUUAGGAGGCUGUCCCUUCGCGCCGGGAGCCAAGGGCAACGUGGCAACGGAAGACGUCGUAUAUCUGUUCGAAAAUGCGGGUGUGAGCACUGGGAUCAAUCUGCAGAAGCUUGCGGAAACUGGUGUGUGGAUUUCGAAGGUGCUCUCGAAGUCGAAUGAUAGCAGAGCCGGGGCGGCUUUGUCUGCAAAAAAGGCAUCCAGAAACACCACAUCCUCCAAGACAUCCUCCAAGACAUCCCCGGCGUCGACAGAAAAGGUGAAUUGGUCACUUGUGCGAGAAACCAAGCGUAUCCUCGUGUACCGAUCCGGGGCAACAGGCAACAUCGUCCUCAACACACCGCGUAACGGCAAUACUCUCACGUCUCAAAUGAUCGAAGAUUUCCAGGCAGCUUUCAGGACGUUCGAAAACGAUUCAUCCAUAUCACGAAUUGUAAUCAGCGCGAACGGCAAAUUCUUCUGCACCGGCAUGGACCUCAGCCAGGCCGCCCUUGUUGUUGGUAAAGGAGGCGAUGCAAGCUUGGGCAUUUUCAAGCCACUGAAGAGCUUGUUCGAGCUAAUCGACAACUCGAGUAAGGUAACGAUCGCGUGUAUCAACGGCCCGGCCUUUGGCGGUGGAAUCGGGCUAGCAUUUUCGUGCGACAUCAGGACAUGCCUUUCUUCGGCAACGUUCACUCUCUCGGAAGUCAAGCUGGGUCUCUGCCCUGCAGUGAUAUCCAGAUACGUGAUCCGCGAAUGGGGCUUGGCGCUUUCACGAGACGCAAUGUUGACAGCAAGGGCGGUUUCGGCAUCUGAGCUCAAAGUCCAGGGAGCCGUAUCGUUGCUCGCCGACACACCAGCUGAGCUGCGCAAGACGGUUGAACAGCUGAUUCGCAAUCUCCGUCACUCGUCGCCUGGGGGCUCCAGGAUGUCGAAGGAUUUGGUAAGACUGGCAUGGUCUCAUGGUGGCACAACUGCCCAAGAAGAAGGAGUUGCAAAACUCUUUGAGUCAAUGAUGGCAACUGGUUGUGACGCUGUCCUUGGUAUCGGGGAGUUCCAAAAACGUAACAAGGUGGACUGGGAUGAAUAUGUGGCCAAGGCACCUCGCGCAAAGAUUUGA